AAGCUCCCUCCAACAUUCCUCCAUCUUCUCCCAACCUCCCUCCAACCUCCAUCCAACCUUCCUCCAACCUUCCUCAGGAGAAGAAGUACUGCCUUCAGAACCAGGUGGACCGUAUGAAGGAGAAAGGUGAAGACGGUGGAGGAAAAGAGUAAACACUUUGUCUACCGCGUGGAGGAGAAGAGCCAUGACCUCAUACAGAAGUGGGAAGAGAAAUCACGGGAGUUCAUUGGAACUUCCUGAACUUUUCGGCCCAGAUGGAACAUGGAAACAGGUGUUUAGUGAGCGUAGUGGUCGGAUGAUCUCCUACGCCAUGUCACCUCGCGGGUCACCUAGCAACAGUCCACCCAGGCAACUGUCUCCAUCCCGUUCCCCAUCUCCUCCCUCUCGCUGGUCUCAGCCCAGGCUAGCCUCCCCCUCCUCACCCAAAGAGGCCUCAGCCUCCUUCAGUAGCAUGAGUGAAGAGGAUGAGAACGAAAAGUAUGCCCCGGACUGUGGAACACAUGCCAUGUUCAAAACAACUGGGAAGUCGGAAAUCUUUGACUUCCAACUUUAGUCAAUUCAAGACAAUUUAGAACGUGGGAAAAAACGAGCUCCGACUGGUAAAAUUGUUUUCAACAGUCAACUAACUCAGAAUUCCAAAUGGAAACUCUGACAUCUUUCUAGAACUCCAACCUGAAGAUCACUGACGUCAUGAUUUGACCCCC